UUAAAAGGCAACUGUCUAGAACCUCCUUACGAUGCUCAAGUGAUGGCUCAACCAUGACAUCACAUCCUCAGUCCAGUCCAUAAUCAGAAGAUCCUCAUAUCCCGCUGGAUGUGAACAAGCCGAGACGCGCGCGCGACGCGUGACCCUUGACUUCAUCAAUCCAUCUCAUCUAUCCAUUCAUCAUGAAUCGACUCGACUUUCUGGGCCUUCCCAGUCAGGACCCCAAUCGAGUCAUCUCCUUCCCGGCCUCGCAGUCCCUUCACGCGUCCACCGCGUCGGCUGCCUUAGGCAACAAGACCGUCUCAACGGGUCUUCCCCAGCUCGAUGAAGCAGUCACCCCGCCCAUCGAAGACGAUCUCCAAGGCUUCGGGGAUCUGCAGAGCAAGGGCCUACCGUGUGGUCAUGUCACGGAGAUUUUCGGGCCCCCGGGAGCAGGCAAGACCGCCAUAGCCCUAAACACCGCAGCAACAGCCCUAGCCAAGGGCGAAACAGUCGUCUGGAUAGACACGGGCCCCCCACUCCCCCGCCGCCAACUCAACCGCCUUCUUGCUGCACAGCAACAACCAAACCAAUCUGACCCUAGCCUCCAAGCCAAAAACCUCAUUCACAUCCACACCCCAACCCUCCCGCACCUCCUCUCCCUCAUCCACCACCCGCCCCCCAACUUCCCCCCACCGUCCACCACCCUUUUGGUCGUCGACUCCAUCUCCGCCCCCUUUCCCCCCUACUUCCCCAACCCGAGCGACCAACGCGCCGCCCUAAGCGCCUCCUCGCAGGUGCAUGACAAAGCCCACAUCCAGUGGCUGGUCAACCGCAAAUGGAACGUGCUGAGCGAUCUGGCGACGCAGCUGGCCAAGCUGGCUAGUACAGCCGGCGGAGGCGGAGGAGGGAACACGGCCGUGCUGGUGACGAACCAGACCCACACCCGGAUUCGGGGCCAGGUGCGGGCGACGCUGUGUCCCGUGGUGGCGGGGUCGGCGGCCUGGGAGAGCUGUGUGUUUACACGGAUGGUGGUCUAUCAGGACUUCGUUGAGGCAGAGGGGGAGGGAGAUGGAGGGUGGAGGAAGGGGAGGGUGGUGGAGGUGAUGAAGAGGGGAGGGAGGGUGGUUCGCGGGAGGGUUGUCGGGGAUACGGUGGUUGGGUUUGGGGUAAGCGAGGAUGGGCUGUACGCUUUGGAUACUCCUUCGCCUCCGCAGGCCGAACGACCAGAGCAGAUCGUCGUGGAAGCAAGCUCCACCCAAAACCCUGAAGCCUCGGCCAGUCAACGGAAGCGCAAAGCGGAAGAGAUCGCCGACAGCCAGGAUGAAGAGGACUCCGAGGGAGAAUUCGGGUGGAUUGAAGGCGAAGAGGUGGAUGCUGGGUCGUUGGAUGGGAAUUGAUCUCCCUCAUCCCCUUGUACAGGCCUCUCUACAGACCUUUCUGGCUGUGACCGGACUGACCCAUGUUGAUUGUUCACUAUCCUGACAUCAAGUGCGGAGUCGGAACCUGAGAAUUAGAUACAUACACAUAGACACAUGCACACAUGAAUUCAUAAC